AUGGGAAGCUGCGUAUGCUGCCAAACAGUCUCAAACCUAGAACUCCAACGAUCUGAAACUGUAAAAUCCCCAGAGUCCACUGUUCAAAUUCCUCAAAUGCACCCCAAAGUCCACGUCCUUGCUGAUCGUGUACUUCACAAUCAAACUCUUACAGUAACAAACAUUGAUUUAUCAGGAAGGGAUUUAGGGGAAGAAGGCGGUAAGUAUUUAGGUGCAAUAAUCCCUUAUUAUCAUCACAUUACAUCACUUAUUCUAUCAAAAUGCUACUUGGAAGCUGGCGCAUUUGAAAGUAUUGCUUCUGCUCUGACUGAUCUUGUUAUGCUUAAAGAACUAGACUUUAGCUUUAAUAAUAUAGGCUCUGAAGGAGCUGACAUAUUGAGCCCAGCUUUGGAAAGGAUGGGAAACCUUGAAAUACUAGGAUUAGAAGAAGUUGGGCUUGGGAGCAAUGGGAUGCUGAUGAUAUGCAGUGGAAUUGUAGGCCUCAGACAUUUAAAAGAGCUAUAUAUUGGAAAAAAUAAUAUUGGAGAUGUAGGGAUAAGAGGACUUGCAAAUAUUUUCCCAUAUAUAUGCAGUCUAGCUACUUUGGAAAUAAAUAAAAAUGGGAUUGGGCCCAAAGGGAUGGCAUUUUUAGCAUCGUCAUUAGGAUGUUUGAAAAAUCUUACAAAAUUCAAUGUAGGUGAAAAUUGAUUGAUAAGAUUACUUAAAUCAACUAAUUCUUGCAAUUCCUGUACUUUACACAUAAGAACGACCUUUGCUCUGAGCAAAUAAGUUGGCAGUUACACGAUCGUUAGAACUCCUAUUGUCUUCAGCUCCAAAGAACUCUCCUUUCCCUUACCCCGCGCAACUGGAUAGUGUCUCUGUAUGAUUCCCUUCUCUGAGCCCGAAUAAGGGAACUAUCCCUUACCAGGUCUCGACAUUUUAAAUUGUCAGGUGAAAAUAAUCUGUUACCGAUUGGCGUGUCUAUGAUGAUUCCUCACUUGCCUAGAUCAUUGGAAAGCUUAGUCAUCGACAAAGUAGGGGCUGAUAACAGCAAUAUUAUGAAACUAACUGAUAUUUUAUCUGAAUUCUCCAAACUAAAACAUUUAAGCCUCGACCACAAUGAAAUUACAUCAGAAGGGGUUGAAGAAAUCAUAAAAAUACUUCCAAAGUUAAAGCUCAGCUAUUUAGGACUCAUUGGAUGCGAUAUCAGUUCUCAUAGAAAAGCCCUUAGCCUUGCUGGAUCCUCUACCGAAGUGCUACUGUAG